CAGCUUGUGAGCUCGAUGCGCAUUCAUGCGCAACAGCGAGCUGCAGUGCUGCGACGCCCUGGUUGUGCAAGACCAGGCCGUCACGUGCCAUUGAGGGCUCGGUGUUUUGCGUUUCAGCAUUUGUUCCUGGGCUACGGUAAUUAGUCUGACCGUUGCCGUCGUAUUCUUAGCCGCCAGACCCUUGUCGCGCCUGCUCGCUCUAGAGUCUAGAGUCUAUACGACGUGCCUCGCAGCCAUGGACGACGUCUUGCAGGCCCAGUUCGACCGGGUCGAGCAAGCCCUGGGCACGCUGGUCGACUCGAUCGCGUCCUACAACCCCAAUCCCCAGGCCGCAGUCGACCUGGUCGCCGCGGACAACGAGCUCAGCCAUGGCCUCGACCAGCUCGCCAGACACCAGGCAAACCACGCGCGCCUCCAGACGCUGCGCGCCGAAGCCGAAGCUCUCGAGGAGCAGCUCAAGUCCUCCGUCGCAGCGCUAGCCAGCCUGCGCAGAGAGCUCUCCGAAACGCCCGCGACCGUCUUCCCCGCCGCCUCGCGGCCCGUCCCCUUCGACGAGCUCCUGCAGUACGCGAAAAGCAUAUCCCGCUACACCGUCCCGCCGACCUUCCGCGAGCGCGUCCCCGAUGCAGAAGACUCCGCCAAAGAGCUCGACGCCCCGACCAGCGCACCAGCGACCAACGGCCUCAACACGCCCACGACUGCAGUCGCACCCGUCGAAGCACCGCACAGCGCCGUCGAAGCACCGCACAGCGCCGCCGAAGCACCGCACAGCGCCGCCGAAGCACGCAAGGAGGGCGAGGCGCCCAAAGAAGGAGGAGAAGAAGAAAAGAAAGAAGAAGCAGCCGCCGUCCCCGAAAUCUCCGCCGCCGAAGCAGAAUGGCUGCAGAAGCUCAAGGACAGCGGACACCCCUGGUUCCCCUGGCCCCACGCGGAGAAGAUCCGGCGCGGCAGUCUGUGGAAACUGUACUACUACCGCGAGCACGGGCGCAAUCUGGACGAGUUUGACAUCGAGGCCCACGAGGAGGCGGAGAGGAAGGCGUUUGAGCAUGAUCCCGAGGCGCCUACCGAGAAGCCUGCCGACGUGCAGGCAGAGCCGCACGUCCAGGACCAACGCGCUCAGCAGGGUCCUCCGCCACAGGCUGCGUCCGCUGCGCCUGCUGCCCCGCCGGCCGGUGGCUUCACGCUGUUUGAUGAUAUGGAGUCAGAUGACGAGUGAUGUUUGGACCGGAGAUCGAUGGGAAGGAUUGUAUAUAUUAGGAGCGAUGGGAAGGAUUGUAUAUAUUAGGAGCGGUGUAAUUUAUACUGUCAUGGGGAUAUCUAUUCUAGCAGACCAGCCGCCGCACAACGAAAGCAAGGCCAAGUGACUAGGGAAGCGGCCGUCAGGGUCGUCAUCGUAUCAGACCUCGUGCUCAUGCGCGCUGCGCACCGUCAAACACAGGGUCCUCCUGGUGGUACGCGUACUGCUGCUGGACAGUGUCUGCAGUCGACCCCCAGACAGGGUUCCUCGCAAUGACAAUAAUGAUGACGAACGCCAGAGCAUAGAAGGUGGAGGAGAUCCAGGACAUGACCGUG